AUCAGGUAAACCGGUGUCGGGAUUUUUUUCCCCGGAAAGCCUCGACUUUCGUGUCCCGAGGAGCCCAUCAAGUGACGAUACUGCUCAGAGCGCGAGAAAAUCCAAUAUAACCAUACGAAAGUCCUACAGAUACAAUGAUAUCAUCCGGGGGUCCAGACGUUGAGGUUGGCCCGCCUCAAAAGUCGAUCGUCGAUUUUGCGAACCUGAAGGAUGGCCACUCGCCGCUACCUAGCAUGCCUGCCGUCCCACCGCUGCCAAGGCAGCAAGGGAAAGCGAAAGACACGGAUAUAAUUACAACACCGAAUCGUCAAGACCGGCGGCUGCAGUUUGGAAUAGAUUGCGCUGAAAUGGUGCAUUUUACCCAUUGGGAGCCUGGAGGCGAGCAUAUCAAGCAGCUGGUCGUGAAGAACGUAGUAAUGAAGACGCAGAAGAUAAAGUACAAGCUCCCGCAAACGCGCUAUUUCUCGAUGGAGUUCCCGGAGACUAUGACCUUGAGUGCGGGGAUGAGCUGGACGAUUCCAAUUACAUUCCGUCCUGUGGCCAAGGAGAACUACCACGAUGUCCUGGAAUUCGCGACCUCGUUCGGCAAGUUCUAUGUUCCCGUAAAAGCGACAUUACCGGAACAUGUUCUUGACUUCCCAAGUACCACGGACUUCUCCCUCUGUCCAAUCCGCGAGACUGCAAAGAAGACGUUCUUACUGACGAACACGGGAGAACUUGGAAGUGAUUUCGAGUGGAGCAUCCCAAGACCAUUUGCGAUAUCGCCCCGAAGCGGGACGAUGGCGCCCAAUGCGGAGAUUUCGGUGACAAUAGAUUUCAAGCCGGAAGAUGCAUCUGUGUUCAAUGCUACAGCUGUCUGUACGUUUGGAGAUAGGCGGCACUGGGAGUCGUCCAAAACAGCAAAGGCGAUGGGGAUACAUGGGAUCGGGAAAUACUCGUUUCUGGCGAUCGAGGGCGGACAACACACGUUUGAUUUCGGCGAGGUGUUUGUUGGGAAGACUGUGGAAAGGAGGUUUGUGAUAUGGAACUACUCUGCGGUGGCAGCGAACUUCCGAAUAAAGCAGCCUGAGGACGAUGCGGAUCCAUAUUUCGACUUUUCGACUCUGAGCGGCACGAUUCCGCCUCAUAAGAGCUUCCCCGUAACGAUAAGUUUCACGCCAGCAGCUGCCUCGAUGCGAUCUACCGAUUACUUCGAUAUCAAGACACUUUCGGGCAAUACGAUUAGAAUCACAUGUACGGGACGAGGGAUCGGGCCGAAAGUGACUUUGAGUACCGAGGUGGUCAAUUUCAAUGAUGUGCCGGCCGGGACGACAGUGACUCGCGCGCUGCAUUUGGCAAACGAUUCGGGAACAUCCGCAUUCUACCAGUUUCUCGUCGAGCCGAACAGCAUCUUUCGCAUAGACAAGCCAUAUGGAACGAUCAAUCCCCAUUCCUCUGUAGCGCUUACGAUCAAGUUCUCGGCAUCAGAACCGAUCAACUAUUAUCGACGGGUGUAUUGUCUAGUGGAGCAUCAUGAUGGACUGGUGCUGGACAUCCUGGCCACAUGCUAUAAUGACAAGCGUCGACCAGCGACGUUCUUGUACAAGCACGUCGAGAACUAUGAGAGCAGGAGGAAGAACGGGCUAUGGAAUUAUGGACCAGAGCAGUUGGAAGAGAUGAUGAAGAACGGUAUCAUCACUUGCAAUGGUGGUCCUUUGCAAUGGAGUGACCCGGCACAAGCGGAAGCAAACCGCUCGAAUCACAUCAGCGAUUCCACUUAUCCGGAUUGUACUGUGGCCAGCGACUACUUUUACGAGGGUACUACUGACUGCGAGCCGGUGACACUCGUUGAUACGCACGUCGAGUUUGGAUCUUGCUCUCGAUACAAGGUCAUCGACAGUCGGACCAUUCGGAUCUCGAAUAACACGUCAGGCAAAAUGUCGUGCGUAUGGAUCAUGCCGGGAGAAACUAGCGGCCAGGACUCGGUGUUCAGCGUCACGCCAACGAUUACGGAUAUCUUACCUCGAAGCACGGCAGAGUUCCGAAUCAACUUCCGGCCGAAAAUCGACAAUUCGAUCUUUGGAGCUCAUUUGGAAUGCUUUGUGUACUUCAAAAGCAUGCGCAACUUCAGGCUUGUAAAUGAGGAUACGUUUACGCCGCCUUGGUGUGUAACGCCUCUGGUUACUGGCAACACUUUCAUGCCUGGAACGGAUUCAUUCAUACCGAAGAUAAAUUUUGGUGCCAUGCCACUGGAUUUUCCGCCAUGCCACGUUGACAAAUCCAUGUACCGCACCAUUCGCGUCACAAACGACGGCGACACCCCUGCUCACUAUGCAGUAAUCGACGGUAGUUUGAGAGGGAUAGGAGGAGGCACGCCUUUGGCCAGCAUGGGAGGAGCCGCGUUCACCGUGAAGCCGCGUGCUGGCAUCCUGCAUAAAGGCGAGUCCCGCCUGCUGGUGUUCAGGUUCUCGCCAAGCGAACAGCGCAUUUUUGAGCAGGCCCUCAAAUGCGCGUUCAACUCGUCAGCGGCAAAUACAUAUGUAGGUACGCUGGCCAGCGACAUACACGUCAAGGGAGUCGGGUACUUCCCACAUCUGACGUUUGGAUCAGAUAACGCAGUUUGCUUCAAGCCGACGUGCGUAGGCGCGAUAGCGAGAAGAGGGUUCGUGGCACGGAAUACUUCCAAAAUCUCCGUCAAGUUCGAGUGGCACAUACCACACCAAUAUGGAAACCUUGUAGCGGUUCAGCCUGUUAGCGGUACCCUUCUGCCCAAUGAGUCCAUGGAGUUCGAAUGCAGCUUCGCGCCGAAUGCUGUGAGGAACUGGGUGAUGAAGCUGCCGUGCUAUUUCUGCCAUGAACCUGAUGAAUCAUCCGACGGCAGACCGCAGGAUAUGACUAAGCGACGAUCGACGUUGACUGUCAUCGGCCAAGGGAUCAACGGAAGCAUGGAAGCGAGCCCAGACGUGUUGGAUCUCGGCGCCGUGCUAGUGAACUCCAUCAUCGAGCGAGAUGUCCUCUUAUCCAACCCCACUGCAUGCGAUGCACUAUACGAAUUGGAGAUUACACGCAAAACACGGAAACCCCAGCAGCGAUCCGAAAACCGCUCCAAGGACAAUCUCAGCAGACGCUCCAAAGACGAUCUUAGCAGACGCGGCGAUGCUGCGGAAAGCUUAGAGCACACUGUGUCCGGCCCCUUCGAGGAAUGCGGCAUCGAGAUCAAGCAGCUGUACCCGAUCCUUCCUGCGCGAUCACAUCAGGCAUUGCGGGUGAAGCUUUGCUUGCGCGAGCAGCAAAAACAUGAGUUUACUGUUUACUACAGACUCAAGCUGCAGAGCCUUGAUUCACGGCAAGGAUUGGUCCCAUCACAGCACAACGAUGGGUUAUCGGAACGACAACAUCUAUUCGACAUCACCGCAUUGGGGGUCCACCCACUUGUCCAGGUAACCGACAUCCGAUGCGAAGGCUACUCAAAAUCGUACCUCUGGGAACUCUUCUCCCUCGAAAAGUUCAACAACGUAAUGGCAAGCGUCGACCCCUCGCCAACCGUCACUCCCAUCAACGAGUCAUCCUUCCCAACCGACCAGCAGCCAGCGUACAGGUACAGCUCCAGCGCCAACAUCCAAGGCCCCUCGGUCGACUUCGAUUUCGGCGCGGCACCCCUGCGAAGCAAAGAGACGGUUUACCACGUCAAUCUGCACAACUCGGGCGUGGUCCCCGUCGAAUGGGUGUAUUAUUUCCCUAACGACCUACAGAUUGAGGUGGAGCAGUGGGCUGAUCCGGGAGACUACAGCGAGGAGCAGCUGCAUUAUAACUUCAUCAUGGACAAUGAGCUGUUUUCGAUUCAGCCGAAGAACGGGUGGCUGGACCCGCAGGAGAGCGUGCAUGUGACCGUAACGUACAGCCAUGAACAUCCGGGGCACCAUAAGAUCCCCGUCGUAUUCAAGCUGCGGAACGGGACAACGCAGUCUAGUAAGGAGGUUGUUAUCAACUUCCUGGGGUAUACAGCGAACCCAGACGCCAAAUGCCUCCAUUUCCAUGAAACCGUCCACGAGUUCCAUCCGGUCGAGGUGGGCGUGCUAGAUCCACCGGUGCAGAAAUACCAUAUCGUCAACCGCGGCCUCGUGUCGGUCGAAUACACUUUGGACCUGACGCCGCUGGAGCAGAUCAAACGGGAAAACCACAACGUAGACAUCUUCGAAUGCCGCAGAACAUCGGGAUACAUCGCGCCUGGCGAGUCCGAGUCGUUCGAUUGGGUGUUCCGCCCGAUCGAAGCAAAGGAGUACGAGGUCGAUAUUCCCAUCACUGUGACGGACGGUCAGACGCAGAUCAUCACGUUUCGCGGGCGCGGGGUCGAUUUCCCGACCGUUGAAGAUCCAGAGGACCGAACGGAUCCGCAGGAGUACGGGGAUAUCAUCCCGCCCAUUCAGCUGCUUGAGAUGCCAGAACAGCUGGCGAAACUCUCGAAGGAGCGCAUCAAUUUCGGACAUAUGCCAACUGGAGCGACGGUUCGGAAUAUCGUCGUCGUGACCAAUCUGCAUGAAUCGUCCGAAGUGUCGUUCAAGUGGAUCGUACCUGAGACGGUGACCGGGGGUAAACCUCUAAGUUCAAAUCAUGGAGGUCUCUCAACCCGCGCAUUGCUAAUGGCUGGCUUCUCUUUCCUCUCAGUUCUGUCCUUCACACCCCAAUCCGGCAUCCUCCACCCCUCCGAAACCCAAGUCUGCAAAGUCUCCCUAACCCCCUCCUUCUUCCCCGAAAUGUUCCUCGUUGACGUCGUCUGCGAGAUCAUGGACGAGACCGCCCUCCACGAAUACAACACCGCACGGGAUACCAUUGAGACCGCCCGACGGGAAGGGCGGCCGUUGAGUGUUGUGGAGCCGUUGUUGAGGAGGGACUCGGUUGCGGUGGGGAGUGGAGGGAGUUUGCAUGAUUUGACGAAGAUGAAGUAUAGGACUUUGCCGCCGAUUUCGCCGCCGCCUGUGGCGUCGGGGACGAAGGUGGAGGCGGCGACGGCGGCUGGGCAGGGUGGAAGGAGACCGUCUUCAGCUCUCUCAGUCGGCAGCGACAUCGGCCUGCUAGGCCUCCCACCACCCCCCGAACCCUCGCUCCUCUUCCUAGCCAUUGUCGGCCGCUCACAUCCCGUCGAAGAGUGUCGCGCGCUGUACAGCGGGUACGAGGGAUUCUUCUACAACCGACGGAGCGAGAGGCUCAUCGCUGAUGUGCAGAGUCCGGUAUUCACAUCCCCAACCGCCCGCGCCACAAUCCACGCCGCCCUCUCCUCCAUCCUCGACGACGUCUUCCAAGACCCCACCAUCCAAAACCUGCCCGGCGAACUCCGCCAGGACCCGCCGCCGUACUAUGCGCAGAUGGUCACGGGAAGGAAGAUCAACGGGAUCGAGCUGCAGAGGCCCGUGGACAGUGGGAGUAGUGAGGAGGAGUCGCUGGAGAGGACGUCGAGGGUCGCGGAGAGGAUAGACGGGGUUCUGAGGUGGGUUAUAUCGUUGUCUGAGUUCCAGAAUCUGGUUGCUAGCGUCCUGGAAGGGACUCUGUACAAUUUGAUGCAGGAAGCCAAUCUUGAAGAGUUUGAUCUCACGAAGGAACAGAUGGCUGUGGUGUUGCCGUAG